GGGCCCCGGGCCGACAUCGAGAGGAGGGUCUCCGCGGUGGACGGCUUGACCGUGAGGGAGUGCCUCGGCCGGCGCUUCCCGGACAGGCACGGCGUGGAGUGCGGCUACCGAAGAGGCGACCUCAAGUACGAUAUCUUCACCAUCGGCCGCCUGCGCCUGGAGUUCCCCCCUGCCGUGAAAGCCGCGCCGUCUGCCCCGCGGCCGCCGCAGCGGCCCGGCAGUGCUCGCAAGGUGGCGCGGCGCGCCAGCCUGGCUGGCGCAGGUGGUGCGGCUGGCAGCCGGGCGAUCGAUGCGGCCAGCGGCGGCGUUCGCGUGGCGCAGCCCACGCUUCCUCUGGCGCGGCGUGCCGGCGUCAAGAGCGCGAGGGCCAGGACGGGCUCCAGGUGCCCCAGCCACGGCGAGCAGGGGCGCAGCCGCAGCGCCCGCCGGGGGCGCCCGCGAGGCGAGGCCAGGGUGCCGCCUGGCGCGCGGGGCGCCGCGCCGGUCAAGCAAGAGCCAGGGCCCCUUGGCGGCGCCGCGGAGUGCCACGAGUGGUCUGCCGCGUGGGACGAGGCCGGUGUGCGGGGCGCGGCCGCGGUCGCGGCCGCGGCGGGGCCGUCGGCGCCGCUUGGCCACGGGCUAGGAGCCGCGUGGGACGAGGCCGGUGCGCGGGGUGCGGCCGAGGCCGUGGCCGGGCCGUCGGCGCCGCCAGGACGCGGCAACGUGCCAGGCGGGGCCCCAGAAGAGGCAGCAGCGGGCGGCCGCAGCGGCCAGCGGCCCGAGGCCGAGGGGCGGCGGCCGUGCACGCGGCGCUGGCGGAGCGGCGCGCUGCGGGGCCUGCGCGUGGUGCACCGGCAGGCGUGCUCCUGCGGCGUCUGCUUCGUGCACGACGCGAGAUUCUGCCACGCCUGCGGCACGCCCCGGCCCGCAGAGACGCCUGUGCGCCGCGUCGCGCGGCGCAUCGUUGGCAAGACCCGCGAGCACGCGCUGGCCACACCGCCCCG